AUGGCUGCGUCUCCUUUCUCACCCACCCAGCGGAGUUUGUUCUUCGUGGUUGCCCCCAAGACUUUCGUCGUGUCUGCUGCCGCUCCGUCCCCACGGUGCUACAUCGUAGGGUUCUUGGUGUGCUUCGACAACGAGGUGGACUGCACGCUCGUCCCGUGCGGGCACCACUGCUGCUGCAUCACCUGCGCGUCGAAGUUCAGCCUCUGCCCGGUGUGCCGCACGACCGUCACCCACAAGAUCAAGACCAUUCCGAGCAAGAUUCACGAACGAGUUGUUGAGCACCCGAGCAGGAUGCGUGGUUGGUGGGGGUGUUUUCUGUCGGGCGUGAAGGCCAGGAACGACUCCAGCGGGCGAUGUCGAACGAUCUCCUCCAAUUGGCACACGCUGCUGGAAGCUUCCAAAGGCUGAAGCUUGCUCUGCCUCUAGGAUUUAGUACAUGGGCGCCGCCAUCGUAGUUCUCUCGGUCGGCCUGCCUUGCAUUGGAAAAUUUAACAACAUUUGCUCUUUCGGCAAGGAACGGGCGUUGCAUGUGGGUAACAAACUGCGUAGGUUUGGAAUAUGAAGAACUACGAGGCUUUGGGUUGAUGGCGGGGUUUUUGUUGAUCUGUAAAAGGGCGGGGCGUUUCAUGUAACCAAAUGGAAAACUUUUAUGAUGUAGAUGCGGUUUGGCCAGCCCUAGGCGCUGGGUGUAACGCAUCACGUGGUGUGUUGUUUGCGUAGGUCCGCUUGUUACCGCCCCCCCUGGCGGCCCGCGGAAGGCAUGCCUGAGCCUUACGCUCCGCGUGGACGUCGGCGGAACAGCAUCAAAUGACCCCCCACCGUUAGAAACAAUCUGGCGAGAGGCUGGGCGCAGAUGCCCGCGGUAUUGCCGUCAUCUUUGCGGUGGCGCCAUCCCUGGCAUUUCCGCCAUCAUUCGGGUGGCGUUCAUCUGUGGUAGUAUUUUUUUUCUGUUUCGUUUUUUACCGCCUUCUUUGUGCCUGCGGUGUUCAUGGCUAGCAGAAUAGACGGAAAAGUUUCGAGUGUUUUUUUCGUUAACCACCGUAUUUUGCCUGCGGUGUUUGUGGCUUAGUUGCUGCGGAUUUCGGGAAUAGCGUAGGCCGGUCACGGGAGUGCUUUGUCCUGUCAAUUCUAGUAGGUCGGCCGCAGAGGUGCUUUGGUCGUGUCAGUUCCCCGCCUGCCUUGCUCACUGAUUUGUUGUUUCGUCUCGAGAAGGCUAGUCGGUUCGAGCGACGGCAGGCCGUUCGACGGCCUUGCGCUCGGAGUAACGGGUCGUUCGGUGUGAUCAAAAUCAAAUAUCUGUAAGCCUGGUGUGUAUUCAGCAUGUUUUUUAGCACUUGUCGUUGUAUAGGCUGCAACCCUUCGAUUGCGGGUGUUGUUUUUCGAACGGGUAGUCUCUGUCAUUCUAUGUAUGCAUGUUUCUACUGUCGGGGAUACUCCGCACGAUACGUGGGCCCUUUGUUGUGUCGUAGGGGUUCCGCGGUGGGUAGAUCAAAUCGAGCCCGUGGUACCUCCAUGUCGUUCGACCACGUUAGCAC